AUGCUUUCCUCACCCGAGUGUAUCACCUGGUUUGCUACAUUCCUAACAGUGUCCGUUGCUGUAGUAACAGUGAACCUUCUAUCAAUCAUCAUUUUUAUAAAGAACAGAACUCUUCACUCUCGUAGUAUGUACUUGGUUAUAAACUUGACUGUAGCUGACAUGUUGGUUGGAGGAAUUUCCAGUAACUGUUCUAAUAUUCUCUUUCUAAGAAUGGGAUGCAAAAUUUUAAGUGUAAGGUUAACUUGGAAAGGAGACAACACAGUGUCGUUUGUUUUCUACUGGUUUCUUCUUACCUCUCUUACAAACAUAACCGUAAUUUCGUUAGAUCGGAUGCAUGCGACAUUUCGUCCAUUCUGGCAUUGA